AGAAUUAAAUAUUAAAUAAAAAAAAAUCACCAAAAUGAUCUAUGAUCGUGAGAAAAAAACAUUUUGUGGCAAAAAUUCGGUGGCUUGGCUAUCCAUUGCUUUAGCUAGUUUUGUGGUGAUCUUAUGCAUUGGGGCCUUCAUUCAAGCAGUCAUGGAGGCACAUUCCUCCAACGCAGAAGACAUGAAGAAGAAUUCAAUUCGAAGAAAGGACGUAAUGAAUACUGACCGGGCAACUCCUAACUAUCAAUUAAUUUCAACUCCUUUGUCUGUAAGCCAUGGUUUUAUGUCUACUUUAACAGCUCUAACACAGAAGACAUCCAAAAUCAACAAAGAGAAAGAUACUAAGAAAACUUUUACUGUUGGACCCUUUGAAGUACUGGGUUCUGGAAAUAGAGCUGGUAUUAUAGUUGGUUUUGUAAAUGUAAGAUCCAAAGUACUUGUUACAGACCGCACUAUAUGUUACAUUCAUAUUGAGAAAAUUCAAAGAACAGUUCACUGCAUAUGCUGUACAAGUACUUUCGAUUUUAAAUAAAUCUUUAAUUCGUUUGUGCUUGUAACUAAUUUUUAAUCAUAUCUUCGUUUUCUGUGAUCAUCAGUUUUUCUUGAUAUAGUUAAUUAUAAGAGUCAUUAAGAAUUCUAUUGGAUAAAAUUAACGGAAAGACAAGCUUAUGCAAAAAUAGAGAAUUAAUUGUGAAUUAAGAGAUUAAAAGUGUGAAAUAAAAUUGUGUGACAAAAUCAA